AUGUGGGAGCUGUAUAGCAGCCGCAGCUUAUCCGACCUUAACAACCUUCUGCUUCUUGGGCAGAUCUGCUACACCAUCGUCUGGCUGUUCCAUGCAUUCUUCCUAUCCAGCCUACGAAAGCUCCCCGGGCCCUUUCUCGCGAGGCUAACAAGGCUUUGGGAAGUCCGCAAGGUUACCACCGGGGACAUCCACGACAUCAUGAUUGAUCUACAUGAAACACAUGGCCCGAUUGUGCGGAUAGCGCCUAAUCGAUACGACUUUAAUACCCCGGAAGCCGUUAAGAUCAUCUAUCGCAUAGGCAACGCUUUUCACAAGUCACACUUUUACGACCCUUUUGGAUCGCCGCAAUUUAAAAACCUACUCAACGAAUUAGAUAACAGCCGCCAUGCGGCCAUGCGGAGACAGCUCGCAUCGCUCUAUACUAUGUCGACUCUGAUGUCAUAUGAAAGUGCCGUGGAUGGCCAGACACUUAUCCUCAGAGAGAAGCUUCUCAAAUUUUGCGAUCAAGGGGAGGUCAUUGACGUGCCCCAGUUCCUCCAAUUCUAUGCAUUUGACGUUAUUGGAGUUAUUACGGUCGGCGAGUCAAUGGGCAUGAUGGAAUCCAAUACAGAUAUGCACGGUGCCUGCCGAGACCUUGAUGCCAUUUGGCGGUAUGCAGCGGUUGUGGGACUUUUGCCCAGUCUGCAUCCUUGGGUCGUACGAAUUUCCAGCUUUCUUCGCUUGCGGGGGGUAUCGGACGGCCUGGACUCGUUUGUGGAUGCGCAGAUACGUCAAUAUAAGGAAAAGCAAGGAUCGCCAGAUGCCAACACAAACGAGGACACUACCUUUCUUAGCGCCAUGCUUAAGCUAGAAAGACAAGGCAAGGCCACCGAGGCCGAGACUCGGCUCUGCCUAUCCAUGAAUAUUGGUGCGGGCUCCGAUACGACAGCCAUUAGCCUCAGCUCUAUCAUCUACUACGUAUAUACUAACCCGCGUACGUUACGCCAUCUCCGCGAGGAGCUCGAGAGGGCUACCAGGGAGGGAAGGUUGUCAGACCCCAUUAAGUUCCAAGAAGCCCAGGAACUACCAUACUUGCAAGCCGUUAUCAAGGAAGCGCUCCGACUUCAUCCGGGAGUGGGCACGCAGUUAACACGUAUCGUGCCAAAAGGUGGUGUGGUCAUUGAAGGCCAGUACUUCCCUGAAGGAGUUGAGGUGGGCGUCAACGCGUACGCUCUGUACCACAACCAGGAUGUUUUUGGCAAGAACGCAAGCUCGUUUCAACCCGAGCGUUGGCUGGAGUCUGAGAGCGAAGGCAUCAGGAUUGCAGGGUCAUUUGCGUUCGGAGCGGGCCCACGAUCCUGCAUAGGCAAGAACAUCAGCAUCUUGGAAAUGUCCAAAGCGAUACCCCAAAUAGUCCAACAUUUCGAUAUUGAGCUUGAGCCAAGAGACAAGCCGUGGGACAACGAAUGCUGGUGGUUUGUCAAGCCCCAGUACAAGGCUCGUAUCAGACGCAGGACCUCGUGA